AUGUCCAUCCCAAAAGAGUUUUAUUUUGUUAUCGUCGGCCACAAUGAUCAGCCUUUGUUUGAGAUGGAUUUUCCUAUAGGGGAAAAGAAAAAGAGGGAAACAGAAAACAGGCACUUAAACCAAUUUAUAGCUCAUGCAUCCCUGGAUAUAGUCGAUGAGCAUACUUUAUCAAAUAACCAAAUGUAUUUAAAGACAAUUGACAAAUUUAAUGAGUGGUACGUGUCUUCUUUUGUAUCUGCUGGCAGAAUUCGGUUUCUUAUGCUCCACACUCAUAGAUGUGAUGAAGGCAUCAAGCAAUUCUUCCAGGAAAUGUACGAGACCUAUAUCAAGCAUUCCAUGAACCCUUUUUAUGAAAUUAACUCCCCGAUUAAGUCUACGGCUUUUGACCAGAAAGCUACGAUAUACGGUCGUAAAUAUCUUGUUUGA